UUUUUCUUUAUUUAUUUACUCCUUUCUUCUUUUUUUUUCUUUUACUUUUUUCUUUAUUUUUUUCUUCUUUUCUCUUUCAAGUGUGUAUAAUUUAUUUCAACUUGUAUUAUAAUCUAUAAAUCUUAAAAAAAAAAACUUUAAAAAAACACGCCAAUACAAAUUUUAUUUCCAAUGCAACAUCAACACCAGCAGCGGACCAUGACCAAGACAUACAGUAAAAAGCAAGCUGAAGAUAAUGUCGCGUCCAGCUACUCUCUGACUGCACCAACAAACAGUAAUACAGCCACUCGAUUGGCCCAAAUCGAUGACAUGAAAUUAUUUUUUGCUACUGCAACACAACAAUGGGAACACAAUAAACAAUUAAAGCGAUUUGCAUUGCCUGCUGGGGAAAGCAUUUCUUGUGUUCUCUGGAACGACCUGUUUUUCAUUACAGGUACAGACAUUGUCCGGUCAUUGACAUUUCGAUUUCAUGCAUUUGGCAGACCGGUCACAAACCCAAAAAAGUUUGAAGAAGGCAUUUUUUCUGAUUUGCGUAAUCUGAAGCCUGGUCAUGAUGCUCGUCUAGAAGAACCCAAGUCUGAAUUGUUGGACAUGCUUUACAAGAACAACUGUAUCCGUACCCAGAAAAAGCAAAAAGUCUUCUUUUGGUUUUCUGUGCCUCAUGAUCGUCUUUUCCUUGAUGCUCUUGAACGUGAUCUUAAGCGUGAAAAGAUGGGUAUGGAACCUACCACUCAAGCAGUUGCAGAGCCUGCCACCACGAUCUCCUUGGAUUCAACUCAGGAAUUAUUUGAUCAAUUAAGAAAGUCCAUUUCUCAAUCUGCUGCAGCUACUGCUCAAGUCAUUGAACAACAGCAGGAUAACAACACGAUUGUGACUGAUCAUAACAAUAACUCCAAUUGGUCUCCUCCUACACCAACAGCUUCACAUACACAAUGGUCCUCUUCCCAAUCGAGACUUGAAAGAGCUGCAUCCCAAGCUAAAAGAUCGCGUGUCAAUUCUGUCCCUGCUAGCUUGGGUCAACAACAACAGCUUCAAUUGAUACAGCAGCAACAACAACAAAAUAAGCAUUAUUAUCACCGUCUAAGCCAUAGCUCUUAUUUCAAUCAAAAUAGAAAGCCACCCGUUAGUCCUCGUUCUGUUCAUCGCUGUAGCCCUUCUGAUUCUAAAUCAUCGCCUAUUAAAUCACAUGACUACAUGGAGCCUAUUUCUACUGGUGUUCAUCAAUUGGAUUUAUCGAACACAAAGGUGACAACCAACCAACGCAUAAUAGGCAAGAAGACUCACAAUAGCAGUAUGAGCAGCAGCAGUAGUACGAGUAGUAAUAGUACAAACAGCAGUAACAGUAGCAGCUUGAGAAACCAAGUGUUGCCUUCCAAAUCGCUUGAUUCGAAUGCAAUGAAAAAAACAAAGACUAUCUUUGGUAAUCUUAGUUUGUUUGAUGGUUCACCUACAUACAAGCAACGUAGACGCAGGGCUGCCUCUGUUUCAACUUCAGCUUUAAAUCCAACCAAUGCAGGUGGUCCUGAUCGUAUCCGCCGCCAUGACAAAUGCCACUUGCGUACACAGUCAACCCAUGCCAUGCCUAUGAUCAACAAUAGUCGUUUAGCCAUGGCAGCUGCCAAAGCUGGCUAUAUUCCCAACCAAUCCAUGGUUAUGACUCCCACUACCAUGCCUUCCUUGGGUUGGCAAUCCAUUCAGCAAGAUUACUAUUGCCCUAUGGAAGAUUGCCGACACUUAUUUAAGCGUCCUGAACAUCUUGAUCGCCAUAUGCAAGCAAUGCAUUCAUUUGUUUGUACUGUUUGCGGCAAACAGUUUUUGCGAUCUGAAAACUUGGCUGAACAUCAUCGCCUUGAACAUGAAGUCCAAACAUUAGAGACUGUGCCUUCUUUCCAUCAUGACCACCAAGAUGAUGAUUCUUCUUUUGAUGACCAUUUCCAGCCUUCAUCUUCUACUUCUUUCCUUCAUGCUCAAAAUAAUAUGUGUCAACAAGAUGCCAUCGUUCAACAAAACGAAUUUUACACUUCGCCUUCGUUUGACAGUUCCAAAUCAACUCAAUGGGCUCAAAAACAAGAAGGUUUAGAUAACUUGAGCAGUCGUUGUAGUACGUUGAGCCCAAUGCAAGAUGUUGAUUUUGACAUGCCAGAUAUACAGUCUAAAACUCCUACUAUAUUGAAUUAUGAAUUUCAACCUUUUAUAAUCAAACAAGAACCGACUGAUAUUCAGCCUUCUUCUUCCUCGUCUUCCUCGUUAUCUUCUCUAUCUAAUAGCAUGAUGGCUAUGAAACAAGGUUCAUUUGAAGACGAUUUAGCUUCUUCUUCAGCAUCUUCUCCUACUUUGCUUACAUUUCAACAGCAAGUCAAUCCUAUGGUCAGCAAUCCCAAAACCAACUGCUCUUCUCUAUUUGCGCCCAUGACGUUGCUUUCCCCUUUCAAACCAAACUAUCAACAACAAAUGACCAGUCAACAACAACAGCCACAGGAAAAUGACUUGAUGUAUUCUCAACAAUACACAAUGGAUAUGCUUUCUAACCAAGAAAUAAUGUAUGCGCCUUUUGUUUAUCCAUCUUCAUCGUCUUACUCUCCUUUAAAUAUAUCAUCUGAUAUGAAAUAUGGUUUUGGCGCCUAAUGUAUAAACAAAAAACAGGUUACAUCUUCAUACAUAUAGUCACGACAAGAAUUACUCUCAUUUUUUUUUAUUUAUUUGUCCUUUUUUUUAUUAUAUAUACACACAUUCAUAUGCAUUUAUUACAUGAACCCUAUUUUUAUUAUUAUAGCAUCUUAUACAUAUGCCCCUUCCCUUUCUUCCCUUUUUUUUCAGUAGAAUUACGGCAGCAAUAACCUAUUCUUUUUAUAUUAUGACUUGGCAUUUUAUUAUUAUUAUUUUAUUCAAAGGAAAAAAUCAUUUCUAUUG